AUGGUCGAUGAAACUGCCGACCACCUGUGGGCUAGUGCUGACAGUGAGGCGGUCAAAACGUCUCCGCAAUUAACAUCGACCGAAGCGACUCUCGAAGAAGAAGUGGACCCCGACAGCUGCGGUUUCAUGACACUCUACCAAGGAAUGCAAGUGUGGCACUUUAUCGAUAUUGUUCUGGGAGUUGUGAUUUUGAUUUAUGGUUCCAUCAUGGCUCAGUCCGUCUCUACAGUGGCCGUGGUUUUAAUUAUUGGCUCUGGAAUUGUCUUGACGAUUCGAGGUCUCUGCGGCACACUGUCACUCGGAACAGAAGACAUUUGCCAUCGUUGUGGCUUGUCCUUCUCGGCCGGUGCCUCUCCCAUCAUGGCAUGCACGUGGUUCGUCUUGAUGUUCAUCAACUUGAUUCUGCCGGGUCUCGUCCGAAAAUACCUCCAAGAACAUCACAUGCUCUGGAAAUUUCUACAAAAUUGGGAAAAUUCACACAAACUCACAGUUACACUACUCUUAUUUGGAGUCUUUCUGUUGGAAUGUGCGCGGUGGCAAUUGGUGUUGAAUUUGCAACGAAAAGUUCACAGUCUGGAAGCCAUGGAGGACUCCAGAGCCAAUGCCAGGGCGGCGCGGCGCAAUCGAAUGACAGAUCGACCGUGGUGGUGUUCUUCCAUCAACAACUCACCGACCGAUCCCAACGAUCCCUUGACGGAUGCCUUGUUGCCCGUCACGGCCGAACGAAGCAAACCGCAACAACAACAAUCUACUGGCUGGUACUUUUUGGGGAGACCCAAACGCACGCAGCAGCAUCAUGUCAGUCCAAAUGUACGACAAGAUGGCUCUGGUGAUUUUGCGUCCAUUCAAGACGAUUGGGUCGGCCGUACCAAUGAAGACCCAUUCUGGUGGAGUCGAGAAGAUGAUAGUACUGUGCCAUCCAUGACAUCCACGGAAGAAGUGUCGUGGGCCAAGGACAGUGGUAAAAAGUCACCGGCAAGAAGGUGA